UCUGAUUUAAUUCUAUGAAACAUACAUGUUUGGCUUCCCGAAUAGAUCUAAACUUGAUGCAGUUUUAACAGCUAAAUAGAAUCGUCCGCCGAACUCGUGCAUGCUUCGAGAAAACACGAGACUAUCUGGAGUGGAGACUCGGCAACAUAUUUAUCUGAAAAUGUCUUCGUUUUCUGAGAGCAGCUUGACGAAAAAGUUGCACGAGCUCAACAACUCGCAGCAGAGCAUUCAGACGCUGUCAUUAUGGCUUAUUCACCACAGAAAGCACUCAAAGACGAUAGUUGACGUGUGGCUUCGAGAACUGCAGAAAGUGAAGUCCAGUCGUAAAUUGACCUUUGUCUACCUGGCCAAUGAUGUGGUCCAGAACAGCAAGAAGAAAGGUCCGGAGUUCACCAAGGACUUUGCACCUGUCUUGAUGGAGGCUCUGAACCAUGUGGCAAUGGAGGCGGAUGAGAAGACCCAGCAGGCUCUGGGGAGACUGUGUAAUAUUUGGAAGGAAAGAAACGUGUUUGAAAAACAUCUCCUGCAUGAACUGAAACAGGCGCUAUCAGGGAAGAGUGAACCCAAAGAGGCAGAAGCACCACCAGUGAAGAAGAGCAAGCUAGAUCAAACCAAACUAGAACAACUUCCUCUAUCUCUGAGAGAGGAGAUAGCAGCAGAUAUAUCAGACUCACCCAAAGAACCUCCUGACGCAGAGGAGUUAGUUCGAGCUCUACAGGAUUUGGAGAACUCUGCAUCCACAGAUGCUGCCGUCAGGGAAAGAAUUGCAGCUCUGCCACCAGAGGUCUCUGAUAUCGCCAUGUUGGAGAAGAUAAAAGACAGGGAAACAGUGGACAGGUUGAGUCGAGAGGUGGAGGAUGCUUCCCUCCUUCUAGCCGAGUACAACUCUCGUUUAUCAAAAGAACUGGAAGAAAGAAAACAUAUAGCGCAGAUGUUAAAAGAUUUUAUAGCAUUCCAAAAAGACCAGCUGACGGAGUCAGAAAAAAGAUUAGAUGAAUACAAACAAAAGUUGGGUAAAGUGUCCGAGGUACGGAACGAGCUGAGGUCUCACAUCCAAAAUCUCCCCGACCUGUCCCUGCUACCAGAUGUCACGGGGGGUCUGAAACCUCUGCCGUCUGCUGGAGACCUCUUCGCCAAAGAAUGACAGUAACAGCCGCAGAACUCUGCAGAUGUCUGCUGGAUUUUUAAAACAAAUAUGAGGAAAAGUGACUGGGCGCUGGUGCUUUGAAGUUGUUCUGAAGACUUGGUGAGCAGAACAUGAAGAUCAGUCAUGGUUUACACCAGGGGGGUGUAAGAGUCGAGGAACAGAGGUGAAAAGAUGCAUUUCUUGGGCGCAUUUUUCCCCCGAGGACAAUUGAUUUGUUCCUCUAAGGUAUCAAGGUUUGUUCUGGCCAUUGUGAUCUUAGUUGUGCUGUUUCUUAUCUCUAGAAUAGCACAUAAAAUAAAAUGAUUGGGAUUUAUUUUAUUGGCCUUUUUUAUUGCAAAGCUUUGUUUCCACAAUAAAGUGCCAUCUUCUUUAUGUCUCUGUUAAGUUGUUCUGCAGCAUUGUUGACAGUACUUUAUCUAAUGCUAUGUUGUUCUCUACCUGACAAUUUUUUUCUCUUUUCGUCACAGACUUUGCUACAAAAAUUUGAUAAGAGCAAAAAUUAGAUGCCAAAGCAUUUUUUUCUGCUAUUAUGUAAGGUUUAAUUAUAACUUUAAUGCUAUGGUAUGUUGUAAAACAGACUGCAGAUGGUAAGAUCUUAUUAUGUAAGCAUGGUUUUAUCUGGUGGGAAGGUUCACGAGGGUGUGUCAAGAUUGAGAAAGGGCAAUAACAUACUUGACAUCUUUGCAUGUUUGAAUGAAAAUGUGAAUUGAUUAUACACAACUGGGAUGCAAAAAUCAUCUUUCUUUGAGACUGAAAGAAUUUUUUUGUAAGUUAUUAUGUAGAAUAACGUGGAUGGGAACUUAGUUUUAGCAAUUCUUUUGUUUGUGAGUUAAUGUCAUGGGGUUGGCAUCUUCAAAAAAGUAAGAUAUUUUAACCUGGUUAAGUGUGUAUCCGUGCUGCUAAAAUGUAGUGUGAUGACAGUAUUUCCAUUUGAUGUCGUUUAAUUUAUAUUGAAAAGGAAGUGCAUCUGUUGUAUGGUGGGUUAAAUGUCUUAUUUCUUUUUUCCAUUUUUGCAUGUACCAUUAUUUUCCCAUAGCAGCAACACUCGGAUGUUAUUGUAACCAUCUGUGUUUUCAGUGUCAAUUGCUCUUCUAUCAUUCUCACUUUUUAAAAUGUAUGUUAUUAUUCCCAGGGUCUGUAAAUCUGCAUGUUAAAAUCUAAAGCAGGUCAUGCGUCAUCAAGGCGUUUUCAUUUCUACAAAAUGCAAUAAGUUAUUGGAAGAUUAUAAAGAUCUAACAAAAAAUGAAAUUAUUGAUUGCUUGUUAUUCAGUUCUUGUUUAAAAGAAUAUUUUUUCAAGAAAUAACCUGGACAUGUAUCUUCAAUGUUACUAAUAUGUAAUGUUUUUCAUUAAUGAACAACAUGAGCUUUGCUGAAAUUAUUAGGGUAAGGAUAAUGGAAUGAAUGCAGUUUUAAAUGCAUUUAAUUGUACCAUAUGAUUUUCUUAAUUGAGGAAAAAAUUCACCUGCCCUUGUAUUUUAUAGAUGUAUUCCCACUGUUAAAACGCAAAAGAUUCCCAAUAGUUGAGAGGCGACACGUUAAGCCCCCUUACGCUGGGCGGCGUCCUUUCUGCGUCCACGAAGUACGGCCCUGUUUGAGAAUAAAAAAAUAAGAAUACUUAACGUGCCGACAACCGGCCGAUCAUUGAGGUUUCAUUUAGCAACCAAAGCGAUGCUUGUGCCUCUUUUCUACCACCACAGCGAUGCCAGUUUCAUGGUCGCAGAAAGGACGCCGUCCAGUGUAAAGGAGGUUUUAAUAAAUGCAGUAAAAUGGAAGCAUUCUAUUUCUGAGAACAUAUUACCUGACUAGCUAGGUACCGACAGUCUCAUUCUCUAUUGUGCCUGUGAAAGAAAGCACUUUCAUUUCGUAUCAAGGGCAAAGUUUUGCGUCUGUAAGGACAUUAAAUGUCGUUUACUUUGUAACUGGUAGUAAACAUUUCAAUUGUUCAUUUACUGGGUAUGAAUAAAUUGUUAUUGAAUACAAGGAACGUUA